CACAAGAUUGACACUUUCCUUAUCUGCCACAAAGAGGAGGAUCUAGAUGAAAUGGAAGCAGAUCAUUUAAAAACUCAGCAAAACCACCGCCCCUGGAACAAAGAGAUAUUGGCCUCCUUCUCCCAUGGGUCUUACACACAACUUCCUACAUCCUCAGUGUGCAGAUCUACAUCCAAGGAGAUCAACAAACGGAUAGAACAUGCUAUAGAUCUUCGCAGCAGUGAGCGCAUGCGUCAGGAGCAUAUCACUUCAGCCACAUUGGUGUUUAAGGAUACACACAUUGAGGAGAAGUUCUCUCAGGUAAGGGAUGAGAUGUUUAAGACCAAUCUAGUAUGCUCCUUCAUCAUGUUUCUUCUUCUCAUGGCUGUCCAAGCCCUCAUUCCUGUACCCAGGUUGUAUUACUGGACAGCACUGCAGUUCUGUCUGUUCUUGCUGGGAUAUCUCUUAUUGCUUAUGAUGGUCUUGGCUGAAGAGUUUAAACAUUCUCCCAGUGUCCUUCAGCAGUUCUGCUGCUGGAUCCAUGAAAACAACAGUAUGCGGAACCUUCUCACUGUCACAGCCAUAGCCAUCAACUUUGGCAUGGCUCUGUUUGACAUGAUAUGGUGUAACUCUACUGAGACAAGAGAAAUAAGCACCAGUGAAACAGAGGAAUAUCAGACCAGCCAGAAGCCACUUACUGCCUGCACGUAUCCAGAGUUCUUCGUUCUAAGUGGAGUGGUUUCUAUGGUGACCUGUGCUGUGUUCCUGAGGCUGAGCUCUCUCUUAAAAUUGGCUAUUCUGUUGUUGGUGGUGGUGAUCUAUACUUACUUCAUUGAAGUGUCCUUCCACAUGCUGUAUGUACAUCAUCCAGAGCAGGAACAGUCAGGCAGGUCUCAAUACCUCAGAAGAAAGGGAGCCUCAAUUCUGUUGAUGGCAAUAUUUGUCAUAGCUGUGUUCUACAAUGGUCGACAGUGGGAAGCAACAGCACGGCUAGACUUCCUGUGGCGUUUGCAAGCUCAGCAGGAAGUGCAGGAGAUGAGAGAUCUGAGGGAACACAAUGAGUGUCUGCUGCAUAACAUCCUGCCUGCACACGUUGCUUGUCACUUCCUAGAAAGGAACAGAAAUGAUCAGGAGCUGUAUUCUCAGUCCUAUGAUGAGGUGGGGGUAAUGUUUGCCUCCAUCGCUGGCUUUAAUGAAUACUACGAGCAGAAGGAGAUCAAUCACGAGGGAGUUGAGUGUCUCAGACUGCUCAAUGAGAUCAUUGCAGACUUUGAUGAGCUGUUGGAGGAGACAUAUUUUUUGGACAUUGAGAAAAUCAAAACCAUUGGGAGUUGCUACAUGGCAGCGUCUGGUCUAUCACCUGAUAAACAGUCUCGUGUUGUAAAUGACUGGCAUCAUCUCAGUGAGUUGGUUCUGUUCGCUCUGGCUAUGCAAGAGACCCUGAAAGAGAUCAACAAAAAACAUUCCUCAAACAAUUUUCAGCUCCGCGUUGGAAUUGCCCACAGUCCUGUUGUUGCUGGAGUCAUCGGUGCCACCAAACCCCAGUAUGAUAUCUGGGGCAUGACAGUGAAUUUGGCAAGUCGAAUGGACAGUACUGGAGUCAGUGGAAAGAUUCAGGUCCCUGAGGCCACACGUAAUAUUCUAGCGGACUGGGGCUUUGUGCUAGAGUUGCGUGGUGAGAUAUACAUAAAGGGCGUCAGUGAGCGAAAGGGACAUGUCCGAACAUACUUCAUCAGCACCAAAAGGCGGCAGCUGUCAAGCAACAGGAUUGCAGACAGAGGAAAGAACGGACGGAGUGGGAGGACCACUCUCGCCGCUGUGGUCUUUGGCCUUGUACAGGCCAUUCACAGAGAAAAACAGAGAGGUACCAAUGGAGGUUUCACUCUGCCAAACAACAACUUUAACAACUUCAAAUUAUGAUAUGAAACACCAGGGCCUAAAACUAACUUUUUACCACACCUGCCAAUGGC